AAACACUCUAAAUAAUUUAUCACUGAGUGAUUAUCCUUAGCCUACUUAUGGAAUCUGGCAGCAGGAGACUAUAAAUAUGCACAUACCUAUAUAUUUAUCUCUCUAUAUAUGUAUGUACAUCCUGGAAUUCUUGUGUCAUUAUUAUUUCUUUGUUCCUCCUAUAGAUUAUAUCAAAUCCAGUCCCUAAAAUGGAAGAAGCCAAAAGCCAAAGUUUGGAGGAAGACUUUGAAGGACAGGCCACACAUACAGGACCCAAAGGAGUAAUAAAUGAUUGGAGAAAGUUUAAAUUAGAGAGUCAAGACAGUGAUUCAAUUCCACCUAGCAAGAAGGAGAUUCUCAGGCAAAUGUCUUCUCCUCAGAGUAGGAAUGGCAAAGAUUCAAAGGAACGAGUCAGCAGAAAGAUGAGCAUUCAAGAAUAUGAACUAAUCCAUAAAGAGAAAGAGGAUGAAAACUGCCUUCGUAAAUACCGUAGACAGUGUAUGCAGGAUAUGCACCAGAAGCUGAGUUUUGGGCCUAGAUAUGGAUUUGUGUAUGAGCUGGAAACUGGGGAGCAAUUCCUAGAAACAAUUGAAAAGGAACUGAAGAUCACCACAAUCGUUGUUCACAUUUAUGAAGAUGGUAUUAAGGGUUGUGAUGCUCUAAACAGUAGUUUAACAUGCCUUGCAGCAGAAUACCCUAUAGUUAAGUUUUGUAAAAUAAAAGCUUCGAAUACAGGUGCUGGGGACCGCUUUUCCUUAGAUGUACUUCCUACACUGCUCAUCUAUAAAGGUGGGGAACUCAUAAGCAAUUUUAUUAGUGUUGCUGAACAGUUUGCUGAAGAAUUUUUUGCUGGGGAUGUGGAGUCAUUCCUAAAUGAAUAUGGGUUACUACCUGAAAGAGAGGUACAUGCCCUAGAGCAUACCAAAAUAGAAGAAGAAGAUAUCGAAUAAAGAUUCAUUAUGUCAAUAUCUCAUGUUUAUCCUUUAGGCAUUGGAUGAUGGUUUUGGUAGUAUCUAUAUUGCUUUAGUGAACACAAAGUAUGGGCAUGGCUAUGCUAAUUUGACAAAAAUGAUUGAUGCAACAAUCGAGUUAUUAGCAUUUCUUAGUAUUAGUUACUCAAAUUGAUACAAUGCUUGACUACAAAACAGAGCUGUCUUCAGCAACAUUAUUAGUAAACAAAGAGGAUGUGGAUAAUAUCAUGACAUUUUCAAAAAUCCCUUUCAAGUUAUGUUUUGUCUUUUUUACUCCAUUUUCCUUCCUCACUGUUAUUAUUAUUUGGGCUUUUCAAAUUACAUUAUUCAUUAUAAUUUUCUUUGUGUAAUAAAAAUAAAAUCUCAUGAGGAAAUAAAUUUUCUAUUUGAAGUCUAUUCUUUCUCAAGCAUUACAUUACCAAGACCCUAAAAACAUUAUAAAGCCCAAAAUACAAAAUAUCAUUCAGUAAAAUACCUUAUAUUCCAACCAAAUUAAUGCAUAAGAAACUUAGAAACACUGUGCCAAGUUAAAAUUGUAUUUAAAAAAGGAAGCAAGAUCUUCUUAUUCUCUGGGUGGAAGAAUAAUAUUUAGUGGUAAUAAAAUUACAAUAUUCAUUUGUUGAUUGCCUAUUAUGGGCCAGUAUUUUAUACAUAUCAUCUCUAAUUCUUAACCACAAAUCUGUACAUAGAUAGUAUUACUCCCAUUUUAUAAAUAGUAAAACAGAGAAUCAGAGAAGUGAAGUGUAAGUUCUACUUUUAUUUCCCUUGAAAACAUUUGGAAGUCUCUCCUCCAACACAAAAACGUGGAAGUGAAAAAUAAAAUCUGUUUAAAAUGUCUUUAAAAGAACAAUGAGAUGAAGAGCAAGAUAAAAUAAAUUCAUAGGUGUCUGAAUCACAGUAGAGAAAUAAUGGUGCUGACAUAAUAUGGCCUGCAAUUAAAGAUAUGGUACUUGAUAAGUACCCAAAAAGGGGCUCCCUGUGAGAAAUCUGUUUAAAGCAGGUUUGCACAAUU